AUGUGGAAACAACUUGACUGUUGUCUUGUUCUGGCCAUCAACCUGUUGGCAAGAAGUGUGUGUCCAAGCGACGAAUGCGGGCGCAACCUGAGUCUUUUCGUCGAAAGUAGCAAGUACGGAAACGAGCGGCACGGGCAAUCUGCACACACGAUUUUACGCCUGGAUCUUGCUGCCCCCGCUGGUCUCUUAAAGGCUGACCCGGACGAGGAGACCGGCAAGGAGGCCGAGGACCUCCCGGAGUUCAACGUGUCGUACAAGCCGCAGAAGAUCUCCCCCAAGUUCCCCCACAGCGUGCGCGCGCUGCUGCACUCCAAGAUCCGCGACUCGUUCCACCACCCGCAGGUGCGUGGCUAUUUCCCUCUGCCUUGGGAAGGUGCAUGGCUAUUUCCCUCUGCUUUGGGAAGGUGCGUGGCUAUUUCCCUCUGCCUUGGGAAGGUGCGUGGCUAUUUCCUCUGCUUUGGGAAGGUGCGUCGCUAUUUCCCUCUGCCUUGGGAAGGUGCGUGGCUAUUUCCCUCUGCCUUGGGAAGGUGCGUGGCUAUUUCCCUCUGCCUUGGGAAGGUGCGUGGCUAUUUCCCUCUGCUUUGGGAAGCAUCCCCACCCACUCUCUCCCUUACCAUCCCUACCCACUCUCUGCCUUACCAUCCCCACCCACUCUCUCCCUUACCAUCCCUACCCACUCUCUGCCUUACCAUCCCCACCCACUCUCUCCCUUACCAUCCCUACCCACUCUCUGCCUUACCAUCCCCACCCACUCUCUCCCUUACCAUCCCCACCCACUCUCUCCCUAACCAUCCCCACCCACUCUCUCCCUUACCAUCCCCACCCACUCUCUCCCUUACCAUCCCCACCGACUCUCUCCCUUACCAUCCCUACCCACUCUCUCCCUUACCAUCCCCACCCACUCUCUCCCUAACCAUCCCCACCCACUCUCUCCCUUACCAUCCCCACCCACUCUCUCCCUUACCAUCCCUACCCACUCUCUCCCUUACCAUCCCCACCCACUCUCUCCCUAACCAUCCCUACCCACUCUCUCCCUUACCAUCGCUACCCACUCUCUGCCUUACCAUCCCCACCCACUCUCUCCCUUAUCAUCCCCACCCACUCUCUCCCUUACCAUCCCCACCCACUCUCUCCCUUACCAUCCCCACCGACUCUCUCCCUUACCAUCCCUACCCACUCUUUCCCUUACCAUCCCCACCCACUCUCUCCCUAACCAUCCCCACCCACUCUCUCCCUUACCAUCCCCACCCACUCUCUCCCUUACCAUCCCCACCCACUCUCUCCCUUACCAUCCUAUCCACUGUCUCCCUUACCAUCCCCACCCACUCUCUCCCUUACCAUCCCCACUCGCAUAUUCCUCGCGGGUGA